CAGGACAACCUAAGUUACCUAGCUAGCUAACAAUGAGGGAGGCACGGCCACGACGCAAGCAGCCGAUGGCGAUGACCAGAGACGGCCGGAAACGGCGCCGACGGCCGAACAGCAGCACGGGAGACGCGAAGCUUGUCUGCUCCGAGCAUCUGACCGCUACCAGCAGUAGUGAUGAGUUGUCGUCGGUACAGCCUCCUAGUGCUAUGUCUGCAAGUUUUGUUGCUGAGACGGCGAGCUUCUCCGAGGACGAGGAGGACCUCCUCAUCAAGCUGCACGCUUUGCUCGGUAACCGCUGGUCCAUCAUCGCCGGGAGGCUUCCUGGAAGGACGGUCGAAGAGGUCAAGGCACACUGGUACUCACCGAUGAUGACCGUGAAGCUGAAGCGCCUCGAUUACGACAACCAAUGUAUGAUACUAGAAGCUCUGAUACCGUCACCUGAUGAGCAUAGCGAACACCGGGAAAGUGCAGUACAAAACAAACAAGAGGAGCACCCUGGACAUCCUUCCUUCCCCAAGGAUGCCAGUGAUGCCGCCAGCGAUGAUGGUGCAAUGUCGGACGCCGGCAGCUGCAAUAUGUAGCCACUGAUGGAUCUCCUGUGAGGGAGCGUUGAUGCCUCACUGAAUUGAUCCUAGAGCUUACACUCUCUAGUCUCUACGUGGCGUAAUGGAGGAUGUAGAAGUGGGAAAGGUGGGACACUGGCCUUGACUUUCAUUUUUGACUGUAGACUCACUUUUUCUUUCUUAAUAAACUAGCAGUGUGGCCCUUGCGAGGGCAUCAUCUUUAAUUUUUUGAAAGUGGCACUUUCCAUUGAAGGAAAUAAUAUAGUUCCAUAGUCCGCAAA